AGUUCGAUUGUUUCAGUUUCAUGUUGAGAAGCUGGGGGAAAUUUGCCUCUAAAUUGCUCGAUUUUUACGCACUUCCAAUUCGUACGAUGUCAACAAGAAUAGAUCUCUUUCAAAGUAUUGGUUUGAGCGAGCAAAAGGCAAAAGAAACGUUGAAGAAUGAAGCCCUUGCAAAGCAUUUGGAAGACGUUGUUAUCGCAGCAAACAAGGUGAACAAUGAUUGUCCUAUCAAUAAAUCAGCUGGAAUGUUGCUCUACUCAUUUGCCACUGGUAACAUAAAGACUCUAGAAAGGUUGAAUAUGAUGGUUGAUUAUAUUUGCACUGGCAAGAUUGCAUCACAGGCUCAACUGUCAGCGGCAAUGGAGUAUCUAAAAGCCAAACCAGUAGAUCCUGUUGCAGUUGAAGAAUUUGAAAAUGCAUGUGGUGUUGGUGUCAAAAUUACUCCUGAUCAAAUUGAAGAAUGUAUUGAAAGGCUUGUUGCUGCCAAUAAAGAUGAAAUCUUGAGCAAAAGAUAUAAAUUCAAUACCGGCAUGAUUAUGGCAAAGGCAAGAGAGGAACUAAAGUGGGCAGAUGGUAAAGUAUUGAAAGCAGAACUUGAUAUGGAGUUGUUAGACUUGUUGGGACCAAAAACUGAAGCUGACACGAAGAAGCCAAAAUCUGAGAAGACUCCCACAGCAUCUAAAUCAACUGCAAAACCUAAGGCAAAGCCACCCAGCAAGGAUUUGAAAUCAGAAGAAGUAUCCCUGGCGGAUUUAGGUGGAGAAGCUGCUAAAUUUCAUAAACCAGGUGAAAAUUACCUUACACCGGGUUAUGUUGUGACCCCCAAAACAAUGGAACUGUUGCAAGAACAUCUGAAACAAACUGGAGGAAUGGUCGUGACUCGAUUUCCUCCUGAACCAAACGGAAUCCUUCAUAUCGGGCACGCGAAGGCAAUUAACUUCAAUUUUGGAUAUGCUAAGGCGCAUGGCGGAAUUUGUUAUUUACGUUAUGACGACACAAACCCAGAGAAGGAAGAGGAAAGGUUCUUUAAAGGAAUUCAGGAGAUGGUCGCUUGGUUGGGUUUUAAACCUUACAAGAUAACGCAUGCGUCCGAUCAUUUUGACAGACUUUACGAUUUUGCUGUUGAAUUGAUCAAGAGAGACAAGGCAUACGUGUGCCAUCAGCAGUAUGAAGAAAUCAAGGGAUACAAUCCUCCGCCCAGUCCCUGGAGAGAUCGACCAAUCGAGGAAUCACUUCGUCUGUUUCAGGAUAUGAGAAACGGCAAGCUUAAUGAGGGAGAGGCGACACUUCGUAUGAAGUUCACAAUGGAUGAUGGGAAGGUUGACCCCGUCGCAUAUCGUAUGAAGUUCACACCACAUCCACAAUCCGGUGAUAAAUGGUGUAUUUACCCCACUUACGAUUUUACACACUGCAUCUGUGACUCGCUUGAAAAUAUUACGCAUUCACUGUGUACGAAGGAAUUUCAAAACAGACGGUCAGCGUACUAUUGGUUGAACAACUCUCUCGAUAUUUACUGCCCCGUGCAGUGGGAAUAUGGAAGAUUAAACAUGAAUUAUUCUGUGGUUUCAAAACGAAAGAUUGCAAAAUUAAUCCACGAAGGAAUCGUGAAAGAUUGGGAUGAUCCGAGAUUGUUCACUUUAACUGCUUUACGUCGGAGAGGAUUUCCUCCUGAAGCUGUCAACACUUUUUGUUCCAAGGUGGGUGUUACCAUGGCUCAAGUCACGAUAGAUCCUGAGAUGUUGGAAUCCUGUGUGAGAGAUGUUCUCAAUAACACUGCUGUAAGGGUUAUGGCAGUAUUGGAUCCAAUCAAAGUAACCAUUACGAAUUUUCCUUCACCGAAACCAAUUCCUAUCUCUGUGCCAAAUAUUCCUCACGACCAGUCCAAAGGUUCACACGAGAUUCCCUUUGAUCGUGUCAUGUACAUCGAUCGUUCUGACUUCAAAGAGGUCAACAACGAGAAGGGUUACAAAAGAUUAAGUCCAGAGCAAAGUGUUGGAUUACGUCAUGCUGGCUACGUCAUCUCGGUCCAGGAGGUUGUCAAGGACGCUAAAGGCAAUAUUACAGAACUCAAGACUACGUGCGAAAGCGUGUCCAACACGGUGAAACCCAAAGGCUUCAUACACUGGGUGUCAUCGCCAUUAACCUGUGAAAUUAGGAUAUAUGAACGACUGUUUAAACACAAGUUUCCGGAGGAUCCAAAUGUUGUUCCAGGUGGAUUUUUAUCUGAUUGUAAUAAGGAUUCUCUGCGGAUAAUUCCGAAUGCUUUAGUUGAUGUCACAGUAAAGGACGCUCCUGUUUUGAGUAAAUUUCAAUUCGAGAGAGUUGGUUUCUUUUGUAUUGAUUCUGAUAGCACAAAUAAUAAGAUCGUUUUCAAUCGCACAAUUCCUCUCAAGGAAGAUGCUGGCAAAAACUAAAACAUGAACUGUUGGCUCAUGCAGUUAAUAGUUCAAAACUCUGAUCUUAGUUGAUACAAUAAUUCAACAGAAAUGUGAAUCUUAUUAGCGAGGUGUAUUCGAUACAUUUAAAAAAUAUUUUUAAUCACAAUUUUCGUCUCUCUUGAGUCAUCCAAAUAGUCCGGCAAUAAGUAAUCAAUGCAAUGUGAAGCAAGUUCAGCAUAGACGACGCGAGAGAAAUCUUUUGUUGACAAAAGAUUGUUUAGUAUCAUAUUUUC